AUGGUUCUUGUUGAAGACGUUACAUCCAAUGCAUCAUCAAAUGCAAAUUCUAAUAAUGAUAGUACAUCUAAUUCAACUUCUCCACCUCCGAGAAGUACAACUCAAACUCCUCCACGUUCAACACCGUCAUCUCCAUCGUUGAUCAAUGUUUUAUUAGAACGAAAAACGGAUGCAGUCUUACUAUUAUCGCGUUUAGCAACAAUAUUCUUUACAUUAAUGUAUAUCUUACCAUUUGCUCGUACAAGUGCGGACGCAAAUGUUUACUAUACGAAAGCGUUGCUUGCCUCGGCUGUCACAUCAGCCUUACGCUUACGACAACGAAUUCCAGGAUUUCAAUUAUCGCGUGAAUUCUUUGCUAAUGUAAUCCGUGAAGAUAGUGCACAUUAUUUAAUGUAUUCAUUUCUAUUUCUGAGUGGCUCAGCGAUGACAAUCGUGCUCAUACCUAUUUCAACAUACGCUGUCUUACAUUCAUGUUCAUUUUUAGCACAAAUUUUAACAAGUUAUCCAUUCAUUAAGCCUAAACUUGAUCGCAUAACAGAAAAUCAUGCCAAUUUACUUCGUUUUGUUGCAUUAAAUGAAAUUAUUCUUAUGCCAUUAUUGAUUCUCUCGAUUUUUGUUGCACGUUCAAAUUUCCUAUUGAUCUUUAUGUAUUAUCGAUUUUUAACAUUACGCUACGCAUCACAUCGCAAUCCAUACACGCGCACAUUAUUUUAUGAACUUCGUCAAACUGUUGAGCAUCUAUGCAGUCGGCCCAAUUGCCCACCAUUCAUCGCUCGACUUUGUUAUAAUGCAAUAGCUUUCGUCAAUCGUUUAGCACCAGUGGUAAAUUAG